AUGAUAAAUGUCAAAGGAUGUUGGUUUUGUGUUGCAUCUUCUCUAGGCUAUAUCCGUAUAUACGAUCUCAGUGAAAGUUCAAUGAAAUUAAUUUUUCGUUCUUCUAAUUUGCGAAAUUCAAUUCCGACAUUUUUUAAAUGGCAACAAAUACGCAUAAAUUCUGCGGGGAAUCGUGUCUGUUUCACAUUGCGGAAGGAUGAUGACGAACAAAUAUCUUCUGAACGUAUUUAUGUUUGGGAAGCAGAGAAUGACUCUGUCGGAUAUUUUUCUUUUAAUUCUGGAAUUACUGACCAACAACAAUAUGAGCAAGACUCUGUUGCUGUAAUGCCGAGCACUGCUAGGCCGAAAACUGCGGCGAUUAGGAAAAUUGAAUUAGAACAAUCACGCUUUCGUUUACCACUUCACGCGCCAGGCAACUUUUUUUGGGAUCAAAAUGAUCCUCGCCUUUUGAUAUGUGAGGCAAUUAGCAUUGGCAAUAAUAACGAUGGAUUUAUGCCAAAUCCCUCCUAUUUAUUAACAAUGUUUGUGACAGCAGAACAUGGCAUUCAAAUGCAUGAUUUGCAGCAAAAAUCGGCAAAAACAGAUGCUUUAAUUUUUGUGUCUGUUCCGUACAUUUAUUUCUUAAAAAAUAUAGAGGCGGAUGAUGAAGACGAACCUGGAGGUAUAGAAUUAAGCAUUUCUCGUCUUGUAAUUCGCAGAACCCUUCGGGAAUUUAUUGGAAUUGAUGUUGGGGAUAGAGAAGCAAUACAAGCAAUGCUUGAUUUUAGUUUCUAUUUGUGUAUUGGGCAGAUGGAUAAUGCUUUUAAGGCUAUUAAAUUCAUCAAAAAGUGGGCCAGAAUGUGCGUAAAAACAAGACGUAUAGAUGUUGCUAAAGUUUGUCUUGGUCAUAUGGCAAAUGCUAGAGCAGCCCGAGCAAUAAGGCGAACUAUAGAGUUAAAAGAGUUGCCCGAAUUGCAAAUUGCCAGAUUGGCUGUAGAACUUGGAAUGAAUGAAGAAGCUGUCCGACUUUUAGAAAAGGCAAAUCGUUUUGACCUAGUCAAUCAAGUUUACCAAGCACAGGGCAAAUGGACAGAAGCAUUUGCUGUAGUAGAGGAACAUGAUAGAAUUAAUUUGCGUCACACUCAUUACAAUUAUGCUAAACAAUUGGAAAGUGUUGGUGCUUUUGAAAAGGCUAUUGAAAAUUACGAAAAAGCAAACACCCAUUAUUCUGAUGUUCCUCGAAUGCUUUGUGAUGAGCCAAAAGUUUUAGAAUUUUAUACUAAAAAGAAGGCAGAACCAGAAUUAUAUAAAUGGUGGGCACAAUUUGUAGAAAGUACUGGAGAUAUGGAAACAGCAAAAAGCUUUUAUCAGAAUGCGAAAGAUUUUCUUUCUGUUGUUCGCAUUCUUUGUCAUAAUGGACAGUUUGAGGAAGCAACUCUAUUAACCAAUCAGUCAGGUGACAGAGCAGCAGCAUUUCAUUUAGCAAUGCAAUUCGAAACUCAGUCCGAGUCUGCCAAAGCUGUUCAAUUUUUUACACAAGCAGGGGCAUUUUCAAGUGCUAUUCGUUUAGCAAAAGAAAAUGGAAUGGUGGACAAAAUAGCUAAUUUAGCUUUAAUGGCUGGGGGUUCUGAAUUGGCUGAGGCAGCUGAAUAUUACAAGAAUUUAAAUGGGCAUGCUGAUAAGACUGUUAUGCUAUAUCAUAAAGUGAGGAAACUUUAA